AUGAACGUUAUAAGUUAUUCGAAAAUUUACUUAGUUUUGAUUUUUACCAUAAUAAAUGACUUUAUUUAUACAAAACAUAUCGAUAAAAAUCUAAUUAAUAAUAAAAUACCUCUUUCUCAUUAUGAUACUAAUAAAAAAUUCUAUGAAUAUAAAAACUUAAGAAAUUCUUUGUUUAUACCAAAUAAUGGAUUAGUUCUAAAUCACAAGAAUACAAGGAAGCUUAAGAGAAAUAAAGUUAUACAUGCAGAAAAAAUUAAAAACUUUAGCUCAUUAGUAGGUGGAUAUGUAAAAAUAAAUCGAGGACAAUUUAAAUUAUGUAACGGUGUUAUAUUAGACGUAAGAAAAACAGAUAAAGAGGAAUAUGAAUUACUGGUUGUAAUUAAUAGAGAUCAGUCUAAUCAAUAUCCAAAAAGUAUUUUAAAUAAAUUCGGAAAAAGUUACUGGUUUAAUAUUAAAGAUGUAGAAAUACAAAAACUCAAAGAUUUAUUUUUUCAUAAUUACAACAAUUUUUAUGAAAAAAAGGGAAGAAAUAAUGGCAAUGAUGAAAUAUUUGAAAAUAGCCAAAAUCCUGAGACUUUAAAGGAAAGUAAAGAUGAGGUUGAGCAGUUGGACUGGGUUCCUCAAAAUGAAAAUGAUGAACCAACUGAAAUGAAUGACAUUAAAUUUAUGUUAGACAAUGAACUAAGUGAAAAUACGAACACCCCCAACGAUUUAACCGAUUUAAUCUCGUCCCAUGAUAAACAAAAAGAAGAAGGGGAAGAAACAUCAACAGAGACAGCUAACCAAUAUAAUGACAAUAUUAAUAAAAUAACAUUUGAAACAGAAAAUGUUGAUAUGGAUAAAAUAGCUAAAGAAAAAGAUGAAUCAAAACAGUUGAUAAAAUUAAAUGAAAAUUGUACUGACGAAAUGAGUAACCCAAAAAAUAUAAAAAAUCAACAAAACAUAUUUUGUCAUAAAGUUGUAAAAGAAAUAGAAAAAAAUUAUUUUUAUGAAGAUUUACUAAAUUUAUACAAAAGUAAAAGACACCUUUCAAAUAUUGUUGUAUGCUUUUAUAUUUUAAAACAAUUACUUAAAAUUUAUAAUUUUGAAAUGAAUAAUAUAACAUCAAGAAAUAAUUUUAUAAAAAAUGUUAUUCAUAAUAAUACCUUUGAAUUAAUAUUAUUAGAUAUAAAUAAAUUUUUAGAAAAAAAACAAAUAUAUAGAGUCGUUGAUAAAACAUGGUUAUUAUGGGUUUUAGUAAAAUUAAAUAUUCAUAAGGAAAAUAAAUAUAAAGAAGUAUUUGGUAACAUUUUAAAUUAUAUUAUAGGUUAUAUAAAUUUUAAUAUUUUAAACAAGUUAAAUACAAAAAGUUUAUGUGCUAUUCUUUGGAGUCUAGCUAAGUGUGGAUAUACUGGGGAUGGAAAGAUCUAUGAAAAAAUUAUUUAUUUUUUACGAAAAUAUAUAGACAUAUUAACAUGCCAAGAUCUUUCUAAUAUUUAUUACUCAUUAUCUCUUAUAAAUUAUAAAGAUAAUUAUAAUUUUUUUGAACUUUUAGAAAAUGAAAUUAAUAAAAAUAUCAACAAAUUUACUGUUCAAAGCCUUAUAAAUAUAUUAUGGUCUAUGACAAAACAAAAAAGAAAUAACACAACUUUUGCAUUAAUUAAAGAUAAAUUAUUAUUUUAUUCAAACAAUUUAAAUCUAAGAAAUGUAAGUAUAUUUUUAUGGUGUCUACAAAAAAAUAACUACUACAAAAUUGAUAUAAAUUUCCAGGGAAAAAAUUUUCAAAAUCUAAAUAUAAAACAAGCUAUGCAAUUAUUAAUCUUUUUUAAUUAUAAUAAAGAAAAAUAUAUUGAAUAUUUAAAAUAUGUUUUAAAAUUUUUAUUUCAAAAUAUUAAUGAUUUAACAAACCACGAAUUAUCCUUCUUUACAUAUUCUUUAUCAAAAUUACAGUUACUAAAUAAAACCUUUUUAAAAAUAAAAAAAAAUAUUUUACAAAGAAAUUUUAAAACUUUCAAUAUAAUAGAUAUUAAUAUGAUAUUCUUAUCACUCAAUAAUAGUAAUAUAUUUGACAAACAAUUAUUAAAAUAUUUAUUUGAUGCUUUAAAAUAUAUUCUUAACACACAUAUCAAAUCAAUUAUUUCUUUGAAAAAUAAUAAUGAAACAUUUAUCCAAAGGAAUGAUAACAAAAUAUUUUUUGAAAACUUAAAUUAUAUAAUUAAAAAUUUAUCUGAAAUGAAAAUUUUUGAUAAAGAAAUUAUUUUGAAGUAUGCAUAUUUAUAUUCUUCUAAUUUAUGUAAUAAUAUUAGUGUAGACAUUUUUUCUGAUUACCUUUUUUACACAACCUCUAUAAUCCCUUUGUCUAAUAAAAAUGGCAAUAGUACUGAUAUGGAUAGCUCCACUACUUUUUCUACAACAUCAAAACAGCUAGACAACCUUUAUACAAAAUUAUUGACUACCAAUGAACAGAUCAAAUUAAAGACAGUAAACUUUCAAAAGAUAUAUUCUUAUUUUUUAAAUAAUAUAAUAACAUUUUUAAAACAUAAAUUAAAACAGUUUGAAGCUAAAUCAUUUCUUUCACAUUUAGAUCAAAAUUAUCAAAAUAAAAAUGAAACAUCAGCUAACCCCCCAAAUAAUAUAGUCGACACAUUUACCUUUAAUUAUCAUACAGAAAAUAAUAUGGAUGUUCAAAAAUUAAAUGAAUUAAUAUUAGACAACAUUCCAGCUAGUACAAAUAAUGUCCCCUCUUUAAGAGAUAACAUUUCAUAUACAGAAUAUUCAGCAUUCGUAAAUAAAAAAAAUGCACAUAAUAGUAAUGGCAUCGUUGAUGAAGCCGAUAGAAAAUUGGACACCAAAUAUGAUGACACAGCUUGUUCUGAUUCCGAAAAAGAGGACUCUCCUAACAUUUCAAGCAAUUCCAAAGACGAUCCAAAUGUUAAUGAAAAAAAGUUUACAUUACACACUUCUCUCAAUUCAAUAAUACAUUUAUUUUAUGUAUUUAGUCAUUUAGACUUGUUUGAUAAGACAAGUAUCGAUUUUUAUUUUGAAAACUUAUAUGAUGUAGUCAACGAAAAAAAAAAUGAAAUAACUGCUUAUCAAUGGCUACUUAUUCGAGAUACAAUAAAAAUAGUUAGCAUAAAAAAUAAAAAAGAAUGGAUUAUUCUUUUAGAUAAUGUAAAUACAUACACAAGUGAUGAAAAAGAUUCAAAGGAUCAAAUUGAAACAAUAAAUAUUGAUAUUUAA